CUUUUUUUUUUUUUCUUUUUUUUUUUUCUUUGUUAAACUAAAAGACGAGGCGACUGAUAAUUUUGCACUUUUGCUUUCAUGCAGAUACAUACAUACAUAUAAUAAAGUAUUGAUAACACGUAUACAAUUAUAUGUCAUGCACCUUCGAUGAUGUCAGCAUAAAUGUUUCUGUUAUUUCUUUUGUUGACUUUUUAUCAUACGCAACAAUUUAAUGAGACCAAUUAUUAUUCAUUAGAGGUAAUAUUUGAGUAUAUGAAGAUUAUUAUAUGGGACACGAUUGGUUCACUGAUCCGAAAGAAAAAUAUGUUUAUCGAAAAAUUUUUCUCGAGGUCUUUAAGUUUUGGCUCAAGGUCUAAAUAUUUUUUUUUUUUAACAGGAUGGAUAUUUAUGACACCUUGUAAAUUCUCUUUUAAUUAGCUUUUAAAUUAGCUGCUAUUAUGUAAAUAGAUCAUUUAUAUAAUGUUCCCUCUCCUUGCUAAGAUAUUAUAAAUGGGCAUACAAUGACUUUUAAAAAUGGUGACGUGACAUUUGCCUAAAUUUAAUAUCCGGUAUACAUACGGAUAACAUUACGCUAUCACUAUUAUAUAUGACUGAUCAAAGAAUUGGGGCGUAGUCUUGAUAGAUUUUUUCAUCAACACACACCCCCAAAAAUAUACAUCAUUAUGAUUAACGUCUCUCGUUACGUUCCUAUCGUCAUCUUAAUAAGCUCGUUUUUAUCUUAUGUAAGGACAAGGAACUGGGAGCUUGAUUCUAUAUUUCUACGCUAUUACGAUAACACGCUUGAGGAUUAUGUCGACGAGAAAUUGAAUAAUGCUUCGUUUCUCGUUUCGAGAAUGGACAAAAAUAAACCAACAGUAUUUUACAUUCAUGGGUUUAUGGAGGACGUUGAGAAAGAGAGCGUAACUACGGUAGUAUGCGCAUAUUUACAACGUAAAGACCAUAACAUCCUAAUUGUCGACUAUAGAAACAUCAGUAAAUUGCAGUAUGUAGAAGUGGUUUUGGCCGCUAAAUUUGUGGGAUAUGCUUUAGCUUUAGCUUUGAACAAGAUGGUUUUGGCUGGACUAAAUUCAGAAAAGCUUCAUAUUGUUAGUCACUCUUUGGGUAGCCAAAUAGCCGGACAUAUUGGGAAAUCGACAAGUUUCAAGAUACCAAGAAUCACAGGAUUGGAUCCUGCAGGUCCUAUAUUCAAUUUUCUCGAGUCUCAUCUUUCUUCGACAGACGCACAAUUCGUUGAUAUUAUUCACACGGAUUAUGGAUUUUAUGGGAUAUCUAGAACUACGGGAAUUGUGGAUUUUUUUCCGAAUGGUGGACAUCGUUUACAGCCAGGAUGUUCGUUAGGUUCACCUUUCUUAAGUGUCGAAGAUUUUUGCAGUCACCAUCGAUCAUGGAAAUAUUAUGCCGAAUCAUUAAUCAAUGAGAAUUCCUUCAUGGCGGUAAAAUGUUCUUUAUAUCGUGAAUUUCUCGCUGGGAAGUGUAACGAAAACCUUAAAGUUCCAAUGGGCUUUGCAACUUCAACUAACGCGUUAGUAAACAGGAUUAGUAACUUCGUUGAGAUUACAAAAAAGUUCAAUUAUUAUCUCGAAAGACAAAAAUUGAGUUCGGAUAUUACUUCAACUUGUUUUUUUUCUUUUUUUUAUCCAACGAUAACUAUUAGCAAUUAUAUAAUAAUAUGCUUUAUAUAUUUUACAUUUAAUUUAUCUUUAAAACGAAUUGCAAUUAGUUAUAUCGUCACAUAUAGAUAUUGUUUCACGAAAAAUCUUUAUUACAUCGUUUCUCUCUUUUCCGUUUCAGUAAAGGAACAUUUUAUCUUACGAUUAAUACAGACGAUCUAUUUGGACUAAAAACACUUGAAAAAUGUAUGAAUUUAAUUAAAAAUCAAGCUACUAAUGAUUCUUAUUCCACUGUUUAACAUUACUACACAUACACACACACACACACAUAUAUCUAAGCAUAUAAG